AUGAGCUCAUCACCGUUAAGGAAUCCUACGUCCGCCGAACCACCACCAUCGACUGAUGCGGUGGUGGAGGGCUCCUCGAAGAAGGUGAGGAAACCUUAUACCAUCACCAAGUCUAGGGAGAGCUGGACAGAGGAAGAGCACGAUAAGUUUCUUGAAGCGCUUCAACUGUUUGAUCGUGACUGGAAGAAGAUAGAAGAUUUCGUGGGUUCCAAGACUGUGAUUCAGAUAAGGAGUCAUGCUCAAAAAUACUUUCUAAAGGUUCAGAAAAAUGGGACACUAGCACAUGUGCCACCUCCUCGGCAUAAGCGCAAAGCAGCUCAUCCAUAUCCUCAGAAAGCAUCUAAGAACGCUCAACUGCAACUUCAAGUUUCAACUUCUUGGGAUGACGCAUCAAUGCUGCUAAACAGAGUUAUUUCACCAAAGCAAGAACUUGCUACUCUUCGUGGAGCACAAGCUGAUAUUGGACCAAAGGGUAUAUUAAAUGUUAGUAGCCCUUCGACAUCUGGUAUGGGAAGCUCAAACCGAACAUUAUCAAGUUCUGAGAUUGUAGCAAAACAACCUCCAGUGCUUCAUGGCGUUCCUGAUUUUUCUGAAGUUUAUAGCUUCAUAGGAAGUGUAUUUGAUCCUGAAACGAGAGGCCAUGUGGAAAAGCUUAAGGAAAUGGAUCCUAUAAAUUUUGAGACUGUUCUGUUAUUGAUGAGGAACCUCGCAGUUAACUUAUCAAACCCUGAGUUCGAAUCCGCUAGGAAAGUUUUCUCGUCAUAUGAGGUGAACACCGAUCUCCCAAGCGUUACCACUGGUUCCUUUGGCCAGAACUCAACAAGCAACAAAUCAUAUUAA